AUGUUCCGAACGAAACACGAAGUCGAUCGACAUACUGCAGACCUUCUUAGGAGGGUCCGAGACGAAAAAGAGAAAAGUUCAAAAGGUUACCAAAUUGCUAAACUUUAUCACCAAAUUGGAGAGCAUGAAAUUGCCAAAAGGUAUCUCACGGCAUUCCUCAAUGUUAGAGAAGCAGUACCCCAGGCUCACAAACUCAUGGGUCAAAUUUUUGAAAGCCUCAAGGAUUAUAAAAGAGCAAUUUCAUCUUAUGAAAGAUGCUUACAGUUGAAUGAGAAUCAAAAAGAUGUUAUCCUGAAAGUUUGUGAAUUACUCAACCAAAUAGAAGUUGCUCCUGGAACUAUCCGGUAUUGGGUGGAAAGAGCAGAGUCCAUGUUCCCUACAAAUGAAAUAAUUUUCAAUUUGAAGGAAAAAAUAGUUGGUGCUGAGAGUGAAGGGAAUCCAAUUGAAAUGGCAAAUUUGUUCAAAAGUGAGCUGGCUAAAAAACCAGGAAAUGUCCGAAUCCAUAUCAAACUGCUGCAGCUCUACAUCAAUUCCAAAAAAGUGGAUGCUGCUAUUGAAUAUGCCAUUUCGGUGGACUCCUUGCGAAUCUUUGACUUCAAUAUUGAGUGGUAUGACUACCUUGUUGAAUUCUAUGCUUGUCCAAUAGUUGCCAAUAGUAUUGAACAGCAGACGUCAGGCCCAAAUGUUUACAUUCAUAAAAUGUUUGUCCACUGCAAACAAAUACUGCUCUGGCUUCAGUAUAAAGAUGUCAGUGAUGCUUCUCAAGCGUUGCAUGUAUUUGACCAAUUACUGUUAACUGCUGCUACUAUGGAUUAUCGGCAACCAGAGUGGGGAGCUUUUCUGACAGAAAUGAAAGGAUACUUUUUCUUUUUUGGUGGAACAUUAUUGUUCAAGAGAGCUCUCAAGGGUCAAUUGACAUGGAAAGAAGCAGAAACCUUGGCUUCUAUUUGCUACCUUGUCAGUGAGAAUCAUCAGCCAGUAGACAAACAAAGCGAAUGGUAUCUACGAGGUGAUGGCUCUAAAAGAUUGUUCUUGAGCCAUCUACACAAGAUGGGAUGUUAUCGGCUUUCACAAGGCGGUCAUGUUUUAAGUGAAAUUGCAAAGAAGCAUUCCUCCAAUUGGGUGAAUGACCUACGUACUCGUUACGGUACCCCUACUGGUAAGGAGCGUCUGUACGACCUGCUGUUCACCUUUAGAGAAAUGCGCAGUGUCAGAGACAAGUCUUUCCUGCUUUCUGACUGUGGCUUUAGUAACAUGGCAGCACCUGCUGUACCCACCAAAGCAGAGCUUGCUGAGUAUGAUGCUUCUGCCCACCUUUUGAAUCCAUCAGACCUAAACAAUAUAGUCUGGUUGAGUCUACAUCAUUUCAACAGUGCAAAAGAUGAAAGUCAACCUGCCUAUAACUUCUCUUUAUUUGACAACCUCCACUAUUCAAGUAGAAAUUUAUCUCGUGGUUUACACCAGGGAAUUGAAUCUCUCUGCCAACUUGAUAUGGAAGUAUUCUUGUGUUGUGCAGUCUAUUGCACAAGUCAGCAGCUGCAACAAGUGCGACCUGAGCCUCAUCAACCUCAUCUGCUGCCAAGAGUUCUCUGCAGGCAGUUCUGUACUCAAGAACAGGCAGAUUGGUGGAAGCUUGCAUGCAAGUUGGGGGAUAAAGUUGAGACAGAAAAUUUCACAAAAAUGAGAUUGAUUCUCAUGCGAGGAUUGGAUACUGUGCGACUGGUCGGUAGUCAUGGCAUGUCAGCAACAUUGAUCACUCAUCUAGCCCGUACUUUACAGACUCGGGCUGCUAAAAUGAAGAAAGAUGUUGACAAUGGCCAUGGCUCCUUCAAUAAACUGGAAGAACUUGAAGAGCGUGCAGCUUUUUAUUGGGAUGCUGCUUUACCCUUACUACAGAGACUUCAAAAGAACCUUGUAUUGAAAAUGCCAAAAGAACGGCUUUUUGCUGAAGACUCUGAUAACCGGUUGAGCUCCUCCCAGAUUAAAGAGAUGCUAAGUGAUGCCGAGUAUCAUUUGGCCCUUUGCUUCAUGAGGAGGGGGGAAUAUGAGGAGGCCAUAAAGCGAUUUGAAAACCUUACCAAUCCUUGGGCAUCCUAUCAUGCUGCUCAGAUUUAUAGAAAAUUAGCUCUGAAUGAACACAAUGCAAAGGGCCGAGAAGAAACCACGUCUGAUAACCAUAGCCAUUACACAGUGCUGUUGACCAAAGCCAGAGAAGCCCUGUAUGUCACAUUGGACAGAUUGAAAGGAAAUAAAUCACAUCAACUGAAUCUUGUCAUAUCUCAGGAUAUUGAUGACAUUGAAUGUUUGUUAACUCGUGUAGAUAUUGAUAAUGCUUCAGUUCCACAAUGUGCGUCUUAUUUUACCUCUUGUUCCCGCUCAGUUGUUGAUGGUGAUUCCAGUGGAGAAUCGUUUUGUUCUGUCAAUUCCAAUGGUUCUACCAACCAGUUUGUUGAGGAGUCUUACAUCAAUGAUUCAAAUACCAACCGUGUAUCUACCCCAGUAGAGUCUCAUAACUGCACUCAAGAUUUCCAAAAGGAACAAAAGAAGUCUCCACUUGCAACCAAACAUCACACUCCUAAGAAUCACCAUGGAUCAUCUGAAGGCAGCCACAUACGCCCCAGUCCUGAACGUUUAGAUGCACAGUUGAGAGCCCUACAGUUGUCACACAGCUCUAUUUUGAAGCCAAUUGUCGAUCAAAACAAAGAACUAACUAAGCUUAAUGUAGCCCUACAGCGUGAUAUGCGUGAUCUUCGAGAACAGCACCAAGAAAUGUCAAACCAGUUGAGAGAAAUGCAAGAGUUGAACCGGCUCUAUUGGGCUGAGUUGUCACAAUAUCGGAUGAUGUCUGGUGGCUUUCCACAAGGGCCUCCACCACAGCAAGCUCCACCUCCUUCCCAAGCAGGUCCACCUCAAGCUGGACCUCCACCACAAAACCUUGCAGCAGCAUAUAUGAAUUCCCCCUACCGACCACCUUCAAUUCAGCUGGCCCCACAGCCACCACCUUGGAUAGCAUCACAGUACCCAGCAUACCAGCUGCCAGGCACCAAUCCUUCAGCAUCUUACAGAGCAUCUUCUCCAAAGAAUCUACAAAACUCUCGGCAGUCAGGUAUGACACCAUACUCAAAGAUGGCCGCUGAGGACAGCCACAAUGCCGAAGAGAAUGAAGUUGAGGAUGAUGAGGAUGAUGAUGAAGAGGAAGAUCCCUGUCAUGUUGAUGGAGAAUACUAUGACGGGAGCAAUAACCAAUCCCCAAACAAUUUUCAUAUUCCCGAUUCUCAGCUCGUUCAGGAAUGGCCAUUUGGACAUCAGACAGGCCUGGUUGGAAAGUCUACUGUAACUUACUCAGUACAAAACCGUGCCCCAAUGCCAAGAGCUGGUUAUUUUGCAGAUGUCCUAAGGGGCCAAACUUUGCAGUAUGGUUAUCAUACCUCCCAAAGUCCAAUUGGAAGAAUGCCAGGCCCAGGUUAUUUCUCUGGCAAUAAAGGUCAGAAUUUAAUGUUUGCUCCACCCUCUACCCAGGUUCCUGGCACUCCACCUUCCCAACCACCUCCUCUUGCUAGUGCAUUAUCUGGCAAAUCUCCAGUUUUUCAGCCUUCUAGUUCACUUUCUCCAUUGCCGCCAAUGCCCCCCAAUGCUGUAGUGGGCCCUACAUUUGCUAAACCUAUUGCUUCACCAGCAGCUGCUGAAACUCCUCAAAGCUUCUUUCAAAAGAUACGUGGCCAGACUCCAUUCCAGUUGGCUAUGCCUCCAUCUACACUGGGUGCUGGACCCCCUGCAGAUUCAUUCACACCUCCCCAGACUAAUUCCCCUUGCAGUGGAUUCACAACACCAAUCCGCCCACCUCAGCGUAGCACCUAUGAUACUAGUUUCCCUCAAACAUGGCAAGGUGAAAAAUCUGUAUUGUCCACUCCACAAGUUCCUGCUCCCCAGCAGGUCUCAGGUUUGCCACAGUCACCAGUCUUCCAGACAGUCAGCUUUGCUGCUAAAGGGUGCUUUGUUAAUUAUGAAGGCAAAUCACAUAUGGCUAUUGUACGUGUGAUUAACUUGUGUGAUGGCAAAGGUGUCAUUGUGGUUGCCUUGGCAGCUGAUGAGAAGCAAGUCUUACUACAACAAACCAUUACUGCUGAUUUGGAUAUUCAGAUAACAGUGUUCAAAAACCAGCAGGUGUCCUGGUGCCAGCCAGCCUCCUGUGCCAAGGAAAAUAGCAAAUUGGCACCCAAGUGUAGUGUUGAAUUUGAGAAAGUAGGAGAUGCCACAAAUUUUAAGAUGACCGUCAAUGCUGCGCGCAUCAAACUCUCUCCAGUUCCUACAGCCUCUUCUCCUGGGACAGCCAACAAACCAGAGAACAGCUUCCCUUCAGUUACCACGACUACUACAACUAUUACGGUAUCAGGUGCUGUUGGCAGUGUGAGUGGUACACCUAAAGCGUCUCAGUCACCUGUUGUUCAAUCUCCACUUGCAGCUGCACUUUCUUCCAAUCAGCCUGCAACCACGUCUGCCCUCUUGAAAGUUCUGAACCAAACAUCUGAUGCCAAAAGCACUAUUAGUUCUACGCCUACUUCAUCUACAGUUGUACAAGAAACUCAAAAAGGUACAAAAACAUUGGAUGGCUUCACAUUAACAAGUACACCGAAAGUUGAUUUUGAUCUCAGUACUACAAAGUCAAAUAUCCUAAUGUCAAAAGACAGCACAGAUUUUGUCUCUGAGACUACAAGCAACAGCAGUGCUCAAAAAUCACCUUGGAAUUUUUCAUUCCAAGCUACUACAACAGCAACUGAAUGUGUAACAUCAUCUUCAUCUCCCAAACCAGCUGUGACUAAUGUCAUCAAGAAUACCAACUCUAAUGAAAAAAUGGGUUUCAUGGAAACUAAACCAUCAUUUAAUAUUUUCCAAAGUGACAUGUCUCUGCCAGUUGUUAAACUGUUCCCAAGUUCCUGUGAGGGUGGCAAAGAUGAUGAAGUGGAAGAAUAUGAGCCUAAUGUUGACUUUAAACCUGUCAUCCCUCUUCCAGAAUUGGUAGAUUUGAAGACUGGUGAAGAGGAAGAGGAGAAAAUGUUUGGUGAUCGUGCUAAACUUUAUAGAUUUGAUAAAGAUAUUAGCCAGUGGAAAGAACGUGGAGUUGGGGAGCUAAAGUUGCUUCGUAACAAAAAGAACAAUCGUUGUCGCCUUUUGAUGAGGCGUGAGCAGGUGUUGAAGCUUUGUGCCAACCAUUUCAUCACACAGGAUAUGAAGCUGACUCCCAUGCCAGCAUCUGACAAGGCCUGGUGCUGGGUGGCACAAGACUUUGCUGAUGAGGAACUCAGAUUUGAGAAGUUUACUGCGAGGUUCAAAACUGCUGAGGUUGCUGAGCAGUUUCAAGAAGCCUUUGAAAAAUGCAGAAAUCUUGCUCCUGAUAUUAUGGAGAGCCCUGGCAACAGUGGCAAAAAAGCAGAGACCACGUCCUCUACUGAAGUAGCUACUUCUGGUUCUUCUUCACUGCCUCCACUGUCCGAGAUGUUUAAGCCAAAGAAAGGCAGUUGGGAAUGUGAUAGCUGUUACAUUGUGAAUGAUGUGAGCGCUCUUCAAUGUAUUGCUUGUGCUUCACUGAAACCUGGUGUCAAACAGGCAGAUGUGCCAUCAUCUGUGCCAAGCAAAACCAUCAUUAACACAGACUGUAUUACACAGACUGGCUUUAAAUUUGAUGCCUCUUCUUCAGCAGCAACCAAGGACUCCGGAUUUACAUUUACUCCUGAGAAAUUUGUCAUCUCUUCUACCACUGCAUCAUCAACACCAGUAUUCAAUACAGACGGUUCUGGUUUUAAAUUUACUCCAAUGCUCCCAUCAGCGAGUACAAGCAGCAAUAGUUCAAAUAGUUUUGUGUUCAAUAAUGAAACUGUCAAUGUGUUUGGAAAGACUGGGGCUACCUCAACACCUUCAACGACGACCACCAAGUCUGACCCACCCAAACAAAAUAACAACUCCAUUGUCCCACUUAAUGAACUUUUCAAGCCCAAAUCUGGUUCCUGGAAUUGCAAUGUAUGUCUUCUGCAAUGUACUGCCACCCAGCAGGCAUGUCCUGCUUGUAAUGCUCCAAAACCAGGUGUAUCUACCACGUCUACAUUCAGUUCAUCCAAAACCAGCUUCUCAUUCCCAGCCAGUACUACAAAUACUACGUUUGUUUUUGGCUCAACUUCAUCAGAACCAAAAUCAAAUUCUGACAAAGAUACAGCAAAACAAAAAGAGAAAAAUAUAUUUGGUACUCCGUCUGCAUUGUCUCGUGGCAGUGAGAACAAACCUCCAAAUGUAUUCAACUUUACCCAAAGCACCUCUUCAAUGACACCACCUACAAUACAGCCAGCCACAAUAUACAAGCCAUCUCCAACUCUAGUGUCUGGCAGUUCAACACCUACGCAGCCAUUAUUUCCUUUCUCUCUGACUACAACAACUCCAAACCAGACACCAAAACUUGAAGAAAGCAAGUCUUCAGACGCAGCAGAUGAUGGCUAUUAUGUUAACAAGGAUGGUGAAGAUUCUCACAUCUACUUUGAGCCUGUUGUCCCACUGCCUGAGAAAGUUGAAGUUAAAACUGGGGAGGAAGAUGAAAUGUGUCUUUUUGAACACAGAGCUAAACUUUACAGGUUUGCUGGUCAUGAAUGGAAAGAACGGGGUAUUGGGAACAUCAAGAUUCUUGAGAAUAUCCAGACAAAGAAAUUGCGUAUUGUAAUGCGUCGAGAACAAGUCUUAAAGGUUUGUUGCAAUCAUUACAUCACUGUCGACCUUGAUUUGAAACCCAUGCAGAAGAGUAAUGGUAAUGCUUGGGUGUGGUAUGCCAUGGACUUUUCUGAUGGUGGUGAGCCCACUCAUCAGCAGCUAUCAAUUCGUUUCAAAAAUGCUGAUAUAGCAAAUGAUUUUAAGAAAGCAUUUGACAAUGCCAAAGAAAAAGCUGCUGCUUAUGCAGCUGAGGCAUCAAUGUCUAAAAGCAAAUCGGAUGAUGUUGGUACUCGGAUGCCCGUCAGCAAACCAGAUGAAUCCAAAGUGACUGUCAAAUCACCUUUGUCACGACAAUUAUUUACUACCUCAUCUGAACAGGAGGAUGAUGUGAUAUUUGUCAGUAAGACCGAAGCAACUCCUGAGCAAAUCAAAAAAGCCCGUGAUUUCUUAUUGCCUGAUCAUUUCUAUUUGUAUGAAACAAAGACUCCUUGCUCCGGAUGUCGAGGUUGUGAGCUUGAAGAUUUGAAAAAUGUAGCCAAAACUAAGAGUACUCCUCUAGCUCAACCUUUUGAAUCAAAAACAACUGAGAAAACCAAACCAACUGAAGAAAUUGGACAAAAGAUUUUUGGAGAGUCAACACCAACUUCAGAUUUAUUUUCCUCAUUCCUCACUGAUAUUAGUAACCAGACUCCAACUGGGCUUCUAUUUAGUACACUGGCUGCUCAAGCAGAUAGCACAGAAAAAACAGCAUUCCAAAAAGAUAGUAGCAAGCCUUUCACAUGGCAAGGUGCAGGUCAGAAAUUGUUUGGUGCUUCACUUGACAGUACUAAGGAUGAUGAUGAUGUAAUUCCAAGCCAAGAUAUCCAUUUUGAGCCAGUGAUUCCAUUGCCAGAACUUAUUGAGCGUAAAAGUGGUGAGGAAGAUGAAACUCCAAUAUUUAUAGAACGAGCCAAGUUGUUCCGUUUUGAUCAAAAUGAGUGGAAAGAGAAAGGCAUUGGAUCAAUGAAAAUUUUGAAACACAAUACUGAUUUACGCUUCCGAUUAUUAUUGCGGAGAGAACAAGUCUUGAAACUGGCAUGUAACCACACUUUGACUGCAGCUCUUAACCUGAAGCCACUGGACACAUCUGAGAAGUCAUGGUGCUGGAUGGCCCAUGAUUAUACUGAUUCAACGACGGGUCAAGUAGAAUUGUUUGCAGUUAAAUUUAAGACAAUUGCCAUUGCCUCACGAUUCCAGAAAUGUUUUCUUGAAUGCCAGGAAAUAUUAAGAAAAGCAGAAGAAACAGAAAGCAAAACUAUUCAGUCUGAUAGUAAUAUAAAUGAAUUGGAGAAGAGUAUAAAGCAACUGAAUGUUGAGCAAAAUACAAGUGAUGCAGACUGUGUUGAUGAAGAAAAUGAGGAUGAAGAGGAUGAAGAGGAAGAAGUAGAGGAGGAAGAGGAAGAAGAGGAUGAUGAAGAAUAUGAAGAUGAGGAUGAUGAGUAUGAACCAGUGUUUGACGCAAAAGCCACCUUGUCAUAUAUGGAAGAUGGCAAAUGGAAAGUGGCAGGAAAGGGUAAUCUGCUUGUUGUGACUGGUGACGAUGUCAGCAGGAUGAGCAUUCGUAUGAAGGCUGACAAUAGCAACUUGAUAUGUAACCACAUGAUUACGAGAGAAACACAAUUGAAGCAGGGUGAGAGAAACACUGCUGUUUGGGUUGCCAUGGAUUAUGCUGUUGAUGAACCUGCCCCUGCAAACAAUUUGAAAAAAUUAUUAAAAGGGGCAUGGAGCUGGCCAUAA